GCUGUCUAAUUUAUCAAACUUGAAAGCUUUGAAAAAGAUGAAUGCACGAAGAUGUCAAAGGCUGCGAGAACUUGAAGGACUUGGUGGGUUGGUAUCUUUGGAAAAGUUGGAUGUUGAUGACUGCAAAAAGCUACAAGAACUUGAAGGGCUUGAUGAGUUGGUAACAUUGGAGGAGUUAUCUAUUCAAAGAUGUAGAGAAAUUGAGAAGCUUCCUAAUUUAUCAAAGUUAAAAGCAUUGGCAAAGUUGUGUGUGAAUGACUGUGAAAAGCUGCAAGGACUUGAAGGGGUUGAUGGGUCGGUAGCAUUAGAGGAGUUGUCUAUUGAAGGAUGUACUGAAAUUGAUAAACUGCCUAAUCUAUCAAACUUAAAAGCUUGGAGAAAGAUGCAUGCUGAUAAAUGCAAAAAACUGCAAGGACUUGAAGGGCUUGUUGAGUUGGUAACUUUGAAGGAGUUAGCUAUUGAAAGAUGUGGAGAAAUUGAGAAGCUUCCUAAUUUAUCAAAGUUAAAAGCAUUGAGAAAGUUGUGUGUGAAUGACUGUGAAAAGCUACAAGGACUUGAAGGGCUUGAUGGGGCGGUAGCAUUAGGUGUAUUGUAUAUUGAUGGAUGUGAGGAAAUUGAAAGACUGCCUGAUCUAUCGAACUUGAAAUUGUUGAGCAAGUUCUCUGCAGUUGGCUGCAAGAAGCUACAAGAGCUUGGAGGACUUGAAGAAUUGGCAGCACUUAUGGAGCUAGUGAUAACUGGAUGCAUAGGAAUCAAAGAACUCCCUAAUCUGUCAAAACUAAAGCUUUUAAGUUUUCUGGAUGUCUCCAAAUGUGCUAAUCUUGUAGAAAUUGAUGGACUUAAUGGGUUGGAAAAAUUGAAGGUCUUGAACUUCUCAGAAUGUGAAGCUAUCAAGAAGUUACCAAAUCUACAGAGCUUGAAAAGUUUAGCAUAUUUGUCACUUGAUGACUGCAAGAAGCUACAGGAACUUGAAGGAGUUGAUGAGUUAAACAAUUUGGUGCACCUAAGCAUCGCAGGGUGCAAGGAAAUUAAAAAGCUGCCUACCUUAUCAAGACUGGACAAAUUAGUUUAUCUAAAGUGUAAGGCUUGUGAAAAUUUGCCAGAGGCUUGGAGGACGGAGGCACUGGAACGGUUUAAAAAAGACCCAGGAUUCUUCAUUGAAGAUCUUGAAUUCUAAAAUAUGUUCAAGAGUAUAAAUUCUUAAAAGGUUGAAAAUUUUACUUGUAGGAAGUCCAAAUCAUGCAGCAGUGAGUAAGAUGAUUCUGAAGUAAUUGGGAAGAGCAGAGCCGAGUUUUGUAGUCCUACAACUACCUGGAACUGCCGCAAAUCACAAAAAACAACUUAAGAGUAUUUGCAAUUUGUGAUGAUGGUAUGCACGAUUAUUUUUAACUGUUGUCGAAAUAUCAAAGCAUCUUAUUUGGUUGAGAUAUUGGACGCUAGCGAAUUUGCCACUGGCUGUGCUGUUCGAUUAAUUAAAGCAUAUGCAUUCCUUUUCCCAUGGUCGAGUUCUCAAUUUGCUGUUGUUAUGCAUCCAGGUACAAAUUCAUUUUGUGUUGCUGCUUAUUUGGAGAACUGGAUGAAGCGAUGUGAAAAUACAUCAGAACCCUUUUAUUUGAAGACCUGCACUGGUGGAGAGACAUUGCAGGCUCAGAAGGGGGUUUAAGAUAAACUAAGGCUCUAUUUGUUCCUAAACAUUAGAGAUAUCGUUGAUCUAUUUUGACAAUGUACUUCAUUGUACAUACUACAACUUAACGUGAAAGUAAAACUUGCACAUUAGCUUGCUCAUGCAUAUUUGGACCCAUAUUAGCCGAAAAUUCUCAUGGUUUGGUUGUUUCCGAAAUAUUGGCUGAUGGGGCUCUCAGACUUAAUGGCUUUCUCGCAAUGCUCAUUGCUUCUGACUAUGGAAGUACUCUCAGAUUCUGAAUGGAGCCACUAGCCAGGUUGAGUUCAGUCAUGUCUGCUUUGCCGGCGACUUAUUUGUAUACACUGCUGAAUCUAUUGCAGAUUCUGAGGGACUUCUAUGUAUCAAGCUUGAGAUUCAAUCUUGAGAGUAUGGAUAUCUUCAGUAUGGGUUAAGUUGAGGAAUAUAUUGCUGAUCUCCUCUCUUCUGCCGGUUUUCAAA